AGGUACAUUUUCCCCAACGAAGCCUCACUCCCUCGUGCCUACCAUGACGAAGAUUUGAACGAACGGGCGGACAGACUGUGUGCGCAGUCCUACACAUCCGUAAAAGCAGGACGUACAAAUCUUGUGGAUGUGCUGGAGACUGUAGCACUUGUUGAGAACUCGUCAGCUGAU